UUAAUCAACUAGACAAGUGUUUCUUUCUAGAUAUUUUAACGGAUAUAACGAAUCUCAUUGUGGUGGCUCAUGAGUCGUUCGUUAACCCAUUUUUCCAUACUCUCAAAUUCAAUCAUCACCAACAACAUGACACCUAAAUUGACACUUACGUAUUUGUCUCAAAACAUUUCUCUUUUCACUUGAUUGCUUUCAACUUGCUUUUGUCUUCAAUCCUCAAUCAGUCACCAUGAAACCUCCCAGAUUGCUCACCACUAAUCCCUCUAGACCCAUCCUGUUCACCCGACCCAAACCCGGUUCAAACAUCAACUGGGUCUAUGGCCGGUACCGGCCACCCGGUGUUAGAAUAUUACCGGUAGCAUGUAUGGCCACCAGCUCCACACAUAACACCCAUUUGGCCGAUACACCGGCCGAUGUUGCAUCUUCCGGCAAGCUUCAUAAUUCUCCUUCUACAGGGAAGAAGCUUGACGGUUGGGAGGAGACAAUUGAGAAGGUGAUUUAUAAUUGCCGGUUCUUGGCUCUUUUGGCCGUUAUGGGAUCUUUAAUUGGAUCUUUCCUAUGUUUUAUAAAGGGUUGUGCAUAUGUUGUGGCAUCAUUUCAAGAAUAUUUUGUGUACCAUGGGAGAGGGAUCUUCCAACUAGUGGAGGCCAUUGAUGUGUAUCUAUUGGGAACCGUCAUGUUGGUUUUCGGCAUGGGCCUGUAUGAGCUUUUCAUUAGCAAUCUUGAUCCAAGCUCAGAGGGAUCAUCUACUCGCAGAUCGAAUCUCUUUGGCUUGUUCGUUCUAAAGGAAAGGCCAAAAUGGUUGGAAAUAAAAUCGGUUAACGAGCUGAAAACAAAGCUCGGGCAUGUCAUAGUGAUGCUUCUGCUAAUCGGGUUAUUCGAAAAGAGUAAGAAGGCCGCCAUUCUAACCACUACGGAUUUACUGUGUUUCUCAGGCUCUGUGUUACUAUCUUCAUGUUGCUUGUAUCUGCUAUCAAAGCUUCACUAGAUGCACAGAUCGAUCUCACGGCCCACGGGUCAGCCAGGUGCACUAAGGCGGGCUCUUUCUCUUGUUUCCGCAUAUAACUGGUUUCAUGUAAAAGUGAUGUUUAGUAUAUACUUUCUAUAGAGCAUAAUGUUGUGAAUUUGUGUUUGUUUAAUAGCUCGAUUACAAGUAGUUAUUACCUA